GUUGUCAGUGAUACGUGAGAAUUACCACACAUAGCCUCGGCAAGGAAAAAGAUACUCACUCACUCAUCGCAUACAUCGCCGCUACACACCGAGAGUGGCUGGCGUUCGGUCGAAGUUUUGCUGCUGGCGAGAGUGUAAGAACACGGAAUCAGGCUCUGUCUGUCGACGCAGGGAAAAGUGGAAUAUUCGAAGGAUUCUCGCUUGAAAUCCUACCCAUUUCGGGGUUGGUGCCACCUGCUAGUGAGGAUCAGUGUAGAGCAGCGUCAAAAGUGUGUAUCGACCAAUUUGAUGUGAUUUGUGAUAUUCGAGGAGCAGUGUGAAUCCAAAAGGAACAGCAGCAGCGUGACAGGAGCAGGACGGAGCCAGAGUAGUGCAGAGUGGAAAACAUUUAGCACCGACCGAAGGAAAGUGUGCUCUCAUGUGUGUAUGUUAGUUUCAUUUUCCCGAGUUUGAGUGAUUAGCGUGUUGUGUGUUCAGAGUGGUUGAAGAAGGAUUAAACACAAAAAAAGAAGAGAAAAAACGACGCGAUUCAGGGUGACAGUUUUUCCAUUGUGAAUAUCGAUUUUAUGUGAAGUUUUCCCCCCUUUUGCUCGAAACGGUACGUCUGAAAGUUGUGUUCCGGUGCAUUGUCUGCAAGUCGGAUACACCCUGGAGAAAAGGGAGCACAGAAGGAUGCCUGUCAAGAAGCAAGAAGCACAUCGGGCCCUUGAGCUGCUCGAAGAUUACCACUCACGGCUGUCAAACCCCCAGGAUAAGGCUCUACGCAGUGCCAUCGAACGAGUCAUCCGGAUAUUCAAAUCGAGGCUGUUCCAGGCACUACUCGACAUUCAAGAAUUCUACGAACUCACACUACUCGACGACUCAAAAUCUGUGCAGCAGAAGACAGCCGAAACAUUGCUCAUCGCCAGCAAGUGGGAACAGGAUAAUGCCGCCAAAGCAAAUGAGAAUGGCACCAUCACAGCCAACACCACCACCACCAACACUACCAACCAUAUCCCUGUCCUGAUGAAAAUCAACAACAAUGGCAAUAAAAAGCAGCCGAACCACAACAAUCACCGCGUGCAGCAAGAGCACCUCGAGAAUCAGGCCAACCGCGUCAAGCAGCAGGAGCAACAACAGCACCAGCAGCAACAACAGUAUCAACAGGAGCACAGCAAACAGCCCACAGAGGAGGAAGAGAAGGCUGCUGGAGUGAUCCUUGCCGAAACCCCAUCGCCUUCCCACUUCACAGGAACCAGAUUGAAUUGAGCCUAAGCGGAAGAGGGACGAGAGCACUGCAUGAUCGAACGUUCCUAUCUCGAGAAACAAUACGCACAAUUGUUUAUUUGCGGUUUAACUCUUGAAAACCUUCAUUUUGUUAAUUAUAAUAUCAUUUCACACCCAGAGUAUGUUUCUUAUCGCUAAGAUAUAGCUUGUAUUAAUUAAUAAGUUUUAAUAUUUUUGUUACAUUAAAAAACAGAAAUAUAAAAUGCUUUUUUUUAAUUA